AUCGCAAGUACCGCCUGGUUGUCGGACGUCGCCGUUGAGCAGAGUAUUGACCGACGGAGACUGCUUCACUGCUUUUCUCGGCACCUUCCGUUCUCUUCUAGCAUUGCUCGUGGUCCUGCUGGCAAUGUCGUUCACCGGACAGCCCCUGCGACACCCGCUGGCGGAGAAGUACUACGCAGCGGUGGACAACGUGUACGAGGACGGCUACGUCGUGACGGAGCGUGGAGGCAUCACGCUGCCCAGGGACUACGUGCUGGACGGGCAGCGCAUUCUCGACUUCCCCGUCCGCCACGACGACGUCUGGGUCGUCACCUUCCCAAAGUCGGGUACGACGUGGACUCAGGAGAUGGUGUGGCUGCUCAUGAAUGACCUCGACUUCAAAUCGGCCAAGGAGAAGUGCAUCAGUGAUAGAUUUCCUUACCUUGAGCACACCGCGCUGUUACCAAAGGGCUGCAGGGACGGCGCAGUCAACACCAUAGACAAGGCCCAGCACCAGCCUCCACCCAGACUCAUCAAGAGCCACCUGCCGCCCGUUCUGCUGCCCAAGCAACUGUGGACCGUCAAGCCCAAGAUUGUGUACGUCUGCCGAAAUCCGAAGGAUACUGCUAUAUCGUACUACCACCACCGUCGUCUGCUGAUGAACAUGCAACUCUCAGUGGACGAAUUUAUUGAAGCCUUUCUGGAGAAUGUGGUCAACUACUCUCCAUACUGGAGCAGCGCUCUGGAAUUCUGGAAACUGCGAAACGAGCCAAACGUUCUAUGGAACACCUAUGAAGAUAUGAAAAAGGACCUGGGCGCGGUGAUCCGCAAGACGGCCGCCUUCCUGGGCAAGAGCUUGACGGAGGAGCAGGUGAGGCAGCUGGAGGAGCACCUGAGCUUUAGCAGUAUGAGGGACAACCCGGCCACCAACUACAGCGCCGUGGUCCAGAGGCUGAGGGCCGGCAUCGGUCUGCCGCCAGCGCCUCCCGACCAGGCCUUCAUGAGGGAGGGCGCAGUGGGCCGGGCCAGGCAGCGCAUGUCUCCGGAGGUGGACCGCCGCUUCGACCAGUGGAUCCGGGACAACAUCCGUGGCACCGGGUACGAUGGCCCCAUCUGAGACCAGCUACCGUUACCCUCCCGUGGUGCACCUGUGUCUGACAGGUUGCCUGUCUGACAGGGGUCAACAGCAUAAUGACAGCAUGUUUACAGAAGGCAGCAACUUUGCCACACUGCCUCCUUACCCCAGUCACAUCUCCAGAAAUACAGCGCAAACAACUACCCUUCUCGACUGGUAUUUACAAGUCUCCACGUCUGCACACCAGCCAAGUAGUGGGACACUGUCGAGCAGUCCAGUCAGUUCAGAAGUGAAAUCGGCGGUCAUCUGCGAGAUAUCAACAAGUUGCCAAUCAGUAGUUAUUGAUUUACUUUCAUGUGAUCUUCAUGUUAUCGUCUAUGGUAUGUGAGUGUUUACAGACUGGCUGAUGCUCUUCAAACAAGUGCUCUGGAUUUCACUUAGAACCUGGGACAUCACAUUUAUUUUGUUUGGACUCAGCAUCUAAAUGACCGCUUAUGGACAUGUAUAUUUUACUCUCACCCUCUUCUUACGAGAUGAACCGUAUAUAGUGUGCCUUGAAUAGUGACAUUUAUUAGUUCUGGCAAUUCUACCUAUCUUGAUAAACUGACAUUUAUUUUAUACGCAAUGUAGCACACUGUGACAACAGCCUCAACACCUCUCAAACCGGGCAUCAUUACCAGUGGAUCCAUGAAACGCAUGAGGCACCGAAUUCAAAUGUACGAUCUGCGACCUGUCACAAAAUAAAGUUUAAAACUGC